AUGUGCGAAAGGUCGCGGACAUUCAUUCUCGCACCCGCUCUACUCUUUGCCUUGUUCCUCCCGCGCUCUUCCGCAGCCAUCGUUUGCGACGCCUCCCUCUACGGCAACCCAAACCCUUACAACUGCUCACAAAUCCUCAUUGAAGGCCAUGCUAAUAAAACUUUCCAAGGCUUGUUAAGCACGGAUCGAGAGCGUCAUCUAUUUUAUACCGGGGACCUUGACCGACGACCGUCAGACGUCACCUUAACGGAGUGGUUCAACAGAAUACACACGGCCGCCACGGUUUAUGAAAGAGGCGACAUCUACCUGGCGCCCGGAUAUGACGCCAAUGGGAAUUUCUUGUAUGAUACAGGGACGUAUCCUAGUCUCGCACAACAAGCAACCCAUCUCCAGAAUUAUUGCUCACAUGUCCCCACGCCCGACGAGCAUCAGGCUCCUAGCAUGGAAGGUGGUCAGGGCUGGAUCGGCGACAAAGGCCGGCUCCUCGCUGUCAUUUACUCGAAUACGUCCGCGUUCGCUACUACGUUUGCAGAAAGCGUAGCGAAAGGGAUUCCGCCCAACUUGGAGGGAAUCUCGGCACAUAAUCCGCCAAAUAUUCCAAAGCCCGGACCCAUCUGCGGAAGAUCUCAUUUCUGCUCAAAGGCGAGCCACUGCGGGGGUGAUGUCAGCUGUAUAUGCGUCGCAGACAAGUGGCAUGGAGAGUUUUUCUCCAGCUCGUGCAAACAGCCACGCCCCAGCUUUGGGAUAAGGCGGGGAACUCUUGAGGUCGACUCGACCAACGCCACUCAGUCGUUUUACAUCAUCAACGCCACCCUCACAGGAGAGGGUUCGACGGAUCCAGCUUGCCCUUGUAAUUGUACAUAUGUCUCGAAAUCUUGCUGCAACUCGCCUUCGGGAAUUGUGUACGAGGCGCUCGGUUUGAAAUUGGGUUCUCUUCAGGCUCCGUCACUGAAUCUGACUUGCAAUGCAACGACGGGUGGAUUCCAGGCUUCGAACUUGACGCUCGAUGUGAGGUUGACACCCAGAGAAUUGGGUCCCAAGCGCAGCGAGGCAGAUGCGCUAGGCUCUUUGACGACGGAUCCUAUCGGCACGCAAGAUAUAUACCGAUAG